AUGACCGAGCCUUCCCAGAGUCAAACCCGGGCAGUAGGCCUGGGGCUCCCCGACUAUAAGCUCCGCCUUCAUAUCAACGAUUUUCGUCACCCCGGUGCCAAAGCCUUUCUAUCUCUGAUCCCCGACCUCGAAUGCGUCCUCGAGUCCGCCCUAUGGGUCAUCAAGAAGAGCCUAUAUACCGCCCCAUCAUCACGCAACGAUAAGAAGGGCGCAUUGCGGCCCUUCCCGACCUUCUACCCUAGCUUUCCCCCCACCCGCUCCGUGACCAUCCUCCUCCGCCAUGGCUCAGAUAUCCGCCACCUGGCACACACAAAGAGCACCGAGCUCGACGAAUACCACAAGGAGAUCCACUUCUCCCUAUCCGACAUCCACAGGACCAGUACCCGCCUCGCGAUAGACCCCGCCUUUGAGCUCCGCGGCGUACUCACUCACGAGCUCGCCCACUGCUACCAACACUUGGCACAUCACUUGGCACAUUUGCACCCAAACGAUCUCCGUCCUCCCCUCGGACUCAUCGAAGGCAUUGCCGAUUUCGUCCGUCUGAGGGCCGGUCUGGCCCCGCCGCAUUGGAAACGACCUGUGUCUGCGAGGGAUCGCCCGGAGCAAUGGGAUCAGGGGUAUCAUCCUACGGCGUACUUUUUGGCUUGGUUGGAGGAUGUCCGCAUUGGGACGGGCGCGGUGGGGUUGGUGAAUGAUCGGUUAUUGCGUCAGGGGUACUGUGCUCAGGAUAAAGAAAGGGACGAGGGGGGCGAAUCAUGUAAGAAGGAUUUUUGGGAAAGUUUGUUUGGUGAAAGGAUUGAAGUGCUUUGGGAGGAGUAUGGGGUCUAUCUUGAUCAAUUCGGGGGUCUCAUAGAGAAGAAAGUUAGUGCGGGGAUGAUGGGUACUGGAUGGGAGGGGGGAUUGUUAAUCAUGAAUGAAAGAUGA